UUACUUUAUUGUCAACAUACCAGAUGAAAGUGAAGGAAUACUUAUCAUUUUUCAGAAUUUCUGUGAUAUUCCUUUGACCUCCAAAAUCAUAAAAUCACAAGAAAAUGCAUUCUGGUCACAAGGCUGGCUUUUCCACUUUGAUGAGUGAAAGUUUAAUUUUGCUCCAGUUCACAUAAUCGUUAUAUGUGUGUGAAAUGUUGCCACUGCUGCCUCCCAUCUUUUAUUCCUGCUGUGCUCUCACUCUUUCCAGCUUUUAUGUUUUAUUUUUAAUAUCACUAUUUUCUAAAAAUGAGUCUUCUCUUCCGCUGUACACACAUACACAAACGCAGACACACACACACAAGUCAUAAAAGAGAGAUAACUAGAGAAGGACUCAAACUUGUGGCCCUUGUUCAUUCAGAUGGAAAUUGUCCUUGCUUUGCGUUUUCUACAUAGGUUCUGUUGGUGUGGAUGAGCGAAGUGGCCGAUGUCAGUGUGAACUUCAUCAGCUACCUUAGCUUUGUGAUGUUUCGUCUGAGAAGGGUGGUGGGGGGCUGGGAGCAUAUUUGCGCCAGCCUUUUACCCCCUUGAGCGUCUCCUUGAGCUGUGAUCUGCCCCUGCUGGCCCCAGACUAACUUUGUAACACCCCCAAAACCCACACACUAAGCUCCACACUGUGUGUGUGUGUGUGUAUGUCCAUUCGUUGCAUAUGCUCUACGCUGCCACCAAAAGGCUUGUAAGGAUUUGUCAGCCAGAUGUGACAAGAUUGUCAAGAGGCAGGCGUGGAGAGGGGGAGAUCUGAUAUUAAUCAGAGCAUAGCUGGAAGCCAAACUCUAUCAGACUCAGUGUACUAACAUGUUCCCCUCAUUUACUCUCUCUCUGAGCCAAACACUCCCUCUGCGUUCCUAACAGCAAGCAACCAACACCAGAGAGCCAUCCAAACUUUGGCUUGCUUCCUCCAUCCUCACGUUCACAUUUUUGUCUCCUUCAAACUUGUUUCUGUACAGAGGGCAGCGUUUUUCUCAUGGAUCUUCAGGCGAUCUGCUGCACCUUGGUAAACUGUAACUGUGACAACUUCAAGCCUGGGAAGCUGAAGAGGAGGCAGUGUGAAAACUGCAAACAUGGCUGGGUAGCACAUGCCUUGAGCAAGCUGAAGGUGCACCAUAUGUUCCAGAGUAGCCAGGUGGAGAUUGUGCAUUCCAACGUAGUGUUUGAUAUCUGCAGCUUGAUGCUGUACGGCACCCAAGCCAUCCCGAUCCGGCUCAAAAUCCUCCUGGACCGCCUUUUCUCUGUCCUCAAACAGGAGGAGGUCAUCCAGAUCCUCAACGCAUUGGACUGGACACUGCAGGAUUACAUCAGAGGAUACGUGCUCCAGGAUGUUGCUGGUAAAGUGUUGGACCGGUGGGCCAUCAUGACCUUUGAGGAGGAGAUUGCUACUCUGCAGCAGUUUCUGCGUUUUGGUGAAACCAAGUCUAUAGUGGAGCUUAUGGCUUUACAGGACAAGGAGGGGCAGGCGGUGUUGGUUCCCAGCACCCGCACAAACUCAGACAUCCGCACCUUCAUAGAGCGGAACACUCCUCGCUCCACUGCCAGUCUCUCCGCAACUAAGGUUGAAAAGAUUAGCGGCAACAGCAUGCACCACUUUGAGAACUUCAUCAAUAGCAUGGCCUUCAUGCUUCCAUUCCAGCUGCUAGGCUCUGUGCCUGCACCAUUCUUAGGCUCACCACCAGGGGCAAUGCAACAUCAGCACCAGCAGCACCAACAGCAUCAACAGCACCAGCAGCACCCAUGUGGUGCUUCAGUUGAGCAGCAGCUUCAGAGAAAAGAUGAUGUGAGAGACAAUAUUGGCAGGGACAACCCCCUCCAUCUCUCACAUCCUUCAGAGAGCAGCCUGCUAGGUUCUAGCUCCAUCUCAUAUGCUUCUGAUUUGGACCAAACCGGUGAAAGAACAAUGGACACACACUCCACAACAGCAAAGAUUGAAGCAGAAGACUUCUCCACCAGUGACAACUACUCAGAUGGCUCAUCGACACCAUGCACGCCAUCUAUGACCUCUGAUGUCCCACAGAUGUCUCCUGAGGGGAAGCUGCGCUCUCUGGACAGGAAUGGAAGCGGCAAUGGAGGGGCAUCGGGGGGUGGAGGCUCUCUGAAAAAAGGGCGUGUAUUUUGCAACGCUUGUGAGAAAACAUUUUAUGACAAAGGCACACUGAAAAUUCAUUACAAUGCAGUUCAUCUGAAGAUUAAACACAAGUGUACCAUUGAGGGGUGCAACAUGGUCUUCAGCUCGCUGCGCAGUCGCAAUAGGCACAGCGCUAACCCAAACCCCCGGCUACACAUGCCCAUGAACCGGAACAACAGAGACAAAGAUUUACGAGGGAGCUUGUCUGCUGAUGAAAGUUCACAAGGAGAAAAGAGAGCUGAAUAUAGCAAUACAAUUUCCAUCUCUUCCUCGGAAAGCCAUAAGUCUGCUCCCAGCUACAUGGUGAGUCAUGUGGACACUGCUCCUAAGCUCCACAGUAGUUCUUUCUCCAGCAUGGGCCAAACUGGCAUCCUCUUCCCUAACUUGAAGACAGUACAGCCAGUCUUGCCUUUCUACCGAAGCCUGGUAACCCCAGCAGAACUCGCUAACACCCCAGGGACACUACCUUCUCUUCCAAUUUUAUCAUCUUCUGUAACUGUCAAACCCAUCACAGCUCCGGAACCUUGUAUGACAGAUCCUAUACCAAAGAAAAAAUCACGUAAGUCAAGUAUGCCAAUAAAAAUAGAGAAGGAGGUAAUAGAGCAGGAUGAGGAGAUGGAUAAGGGAAGCCCCUCUGAGGAGGAGGUUCCUCUGAGAUGUAGGGAAAAGGAUGACUUUGGGGGUAACCAUGAAGGAGAGCAUAUGUGCAAUGAAAAAUCUGAAGAGGCAAGAGAAGAUUACAUGGAUAAAGAAAAGGAAAGGGAUGGUAGCAAGCAUCUGAUAGACCAAACCUUUGCUGGAAACUCAAUUGAAAGGAAUGAUGAACAUGACAGACCAGAGCAAAAAGAAACGAGGGUCAUCACUGUUUCACCAUCCCUAUUGGAAAAGAGGCCCAUGGCUAGCUACAAAAUCUCAGCUAGUAAAGAAUCCACUUGCACUGAAGAUAGAACUGACAUAGGACAUUCAGAUUCAUUGCAAAUAGCUGACAAGAUCCCAGAGCAUAAAUGGGAUGAAUCUGGGCACAGGCUGACCAAUGGGCGUGGUCUCCUGUUGGAUGAAAAGGAAGGACUUGACAGAUGUGAAGAAGAUUAUGGGAUCUCAGGACUGUCUCACCUUGAACCUGAUGCUAACCCUCCACACCACUGUGAGAUCUGCAGUAAGACCUUUAAAAACCCUUAUAGUGUCAAGAUUCACUACCAAAACAUCCACUUGAAGGAGAUGCACAUGUGCACAGUGGAUGGCUGCAAUGCUGCCUUCCCGUCCCGAAGAAGCCGAGACAGACACAGUGCAAAUCUGAAUCUACAUCAUAAGCUGCUGACCAAAGACUCCCUCAGCCCAGCCGCCUCCCCCUACUCCCCAUCACACUGCAGAGACAGAGACUCUGAAGGCCUGGAGCCUGGACAAAACCAGCAGGACAAAGACGCGCUGCACCGAGACCCAACCAGCCAGACCUCAGUCAUCUUCCGAGGACACAACCGCAUGGGACUGGUGUUUCCUAUGAGCAAGGCACCUGCUGCACUUAGCAGUGCUGAGACAUCCCCCCUACAAGAGUUGGAGGGAUUAGGAGAAGCAGACAGAGGUGGAAAUGGGAAUGAUGGAACGAUCCUUGACCUGAGCACCUCAACCUCUGUCCUACCUUGUGGCAGCGGCAGCGCUCAGUCUUCCUGGGACUCAGAUGAAGCUGAGAGUGAUGAGGAGGCAGGGGAUGAGGAUGAGGAGGCCCUCCCCAUAGAGGACAGCGAUGAGAGCUGUGAUGGGCUGGGUGUGAGGAGGCCAGAGGGUGAGGAGGGGGCAGCGGGAAGACACAGGAACACAGGCUGUAGCAGGAGCGGACAAAACAGACAUCAUGGGGGUGGGUCUCCCAUCACAUGCCACGUCUGCCAAAAAGUAUACAGCAACAAAGGAACAUUCCGCGCUCAUUACAAGACAGUCCAUCUGCGACUGCUUCACAAGUGCAAGGUCCCAGGAUGUGACACAUCCUUCUCCUCUGUACGGAGCAGAAACAGACACAGUCAGAACCCAAACCUACACAAGAACCUUUGUGUUACCUCAGGGGCCACCGCCGAACACGAAUAAAGAUCUGGGUUCAAAUGGCAGCAAGCAGGUGAUGGGGGGGGGGGGGAGAGUGAAGACUUACUAAUUAGCACUUUUUAAAUAUGAACACAAUCCACCAAAAUACUGUAUGUUUGGAAAAAAAGGAGAAAUCAUGCAAAAAGAAUAUACAGUUAAAAAUCCAUGUGUUGUGUAAAAUGAAACGACAUUCCUGUCAAUGUUUACUCAUUAAAGUACAAUCAGUGUGUGUGUAAAGAAUCGUCUACAUUAAUGUAAGUUGUCCUGUUGUAAAGUGGAACUGAUCUCGUUCUGUUUUCUUUAACCCUGAUGUUCCAGUUCAGACCACAGAAACAUUUUCCCUUUUGUUCUCCCUGUGAUGGCAGAAUCAGGAAGCUGAAUAUUAUGGAUUUACUGAAUACUGUCAUCAGAUAGAUCCUACAUAUGGCGCUUAAUUUAUCAGAAAAAUACUUCAGUAAGCACCAUUAUUUAAAAGUUCUAGUGUUGAGUGUGACCAUAUUUACUAUUCUCUGAUCUGAUUUGAUCUUUCCAGUUCUGUUUUAUGCUGCCAAUAUUGACCAAAGAUUUUCCUCCCUUCCUAGAUGUGUGCAACAUCCCGUUUCUGUUUUCUGACGGAUAUGCAGUAUUAAAGGGGCUCACCGCGGUCACUAAUUAAGCCUGAGCACACAGGGCCUGAUGAAAUGCAAAAGUUUAUUUACUUUAUGAUGAACAGCGGUAAAGUGUGACUGUGGAACAAUAAAAUUGAGAAAAAAAAAUAUCUAGAAAAAUGGCCGAAGACUUAAAGACCUUCUCAGUUUCUGUGGCUUGCUUGUAAAGAAAUGUGAUCUUGGGGCUGUUGUUAGCAAAGCUGUUGCUCUCAUAUUGUUUGUGAUUAGGAGGAAGCUGACUGAGUGUAAAACCCACAGCCAGGCGCUGGUCUGGAGCCUGGAAGCAUGUACUGUGAAUGAGUCAAACACUGAUAAUAAAUAAAAAAUAGCAGUCAUUAUUGACCAAACUUACACUAUAAAUAACAACUGUUGAACAAAAUUGUUAUUGAACUGGAUAUUAUGUGAAUAGAGUAAACUCUCUCAAGGAAGUUAAACAUUUACUGUAUCAAAUAGGAACAUUUCAUGACUGUCUGUUCCUUUUUGAAUAAAAAACAAGAACGUGUAUUGUUCUGGUAGUUCAGCAGAUUUGCUCUGUAUCACAAAUGUUUGUAUUUUGUAUUUAAAUUCAACAGGUUAGAUUGAGAAACCAUUCUUUUCUUUACAUUGAUUUGUUUAAAAAAUGAGAGAGCAAAAACAGUUCAUUGUUAAUAGAUAUUUCUUUUGGUUUAUUGUCAUAAUAUUUGUUUGCAGUUAAAUAAAGAGCCAUAUGUUUGGAGGA